CUCCAGGUACCAGUCACAGUAGUUAAUCAACCGUUCGAGGAUAAAACUCCACUCCUUCAUACUUUGGCUGCACAAGAACUCAUUAAGCACCUGGAAGAGGGUAGAAUACCACUUUUAAGGCCUGUGGCGCCUACCAUGAAUGAGGAAGUUCGAGAGAUGGCAAUUGUCCAAUUAGGACUCGAGUACCAGCUUGCGAGCCAGUACACAUCCUUUGUUACCAUAGAGCCCCGGCGUGAGAUGGAAAGGAGGAGGCUACACUGGACGGCGUCAGUAGAAGGCUCUCCGCGGCAGCAUUAUAAUGCAUUCCCACCUAGCAUCACGAAUGACGCUCCUGAAGAUUAUGUUUCCACCUCUUCCAAACCGGGCAAAGUAACUGAUAACGGGCAAUGCGUCAUCUGGAGCGAAGGCUUGAACGGUGACAACAUCACCCAUGCGAUAUCUCCACAAGCCAUUGCGAGUCAUCAAAAUGGGCCCGUAACGCCCUCCAGCUACGAGUUCAUGCUACGUCUGGGAUGA